ACAGGACAAAGACAAACGACCAAACGUAGAACUGUUGCAGAGAGAGAACAACAAAGCGUUCACUGCUUGGUGUCUGUACUUUGUUGGGGUCUCUUGUCUUAGUUAAACCUUUCAAUCGCAAUUCCUGUCCUUUUGGAUUUCAAGUUAUAAACUUGAAAAGAGGGUUUUAGUAGUUUUGUCAUAAUAGAGAGAGAUGGAGAGUGGGAAGGGAGUGGAAGCAGGACCGUCCACAAUAGGUGGUGUAGGUGAGAAACAAGAGGAAAUGGCAGAAAAACCAGUUAUUGAAAAUGAUGAAACUGAGGAAGAGGAGGAAGAUAAUGGGGUUCCUGUUGCUGGCUUUGUACCUGGGCCUUUACUGUCUCUCAAGGAGCAGAUUGAGAAAGACAAGGAUGAUGAUAGCUUAAGGAGGUGGAAAGAGAAGCUGCUUGGUUGUGUAGAAAGUGAUUUAAAUGGCCAAAUGGAACCUGAAGUGAAAUUUCACUCCAUAGGAAUCAUAUCUAAUGACAUUGGGGAAAUAAACACUCCCUUGCCUAUCGAUGAGAAUCGGAGUGGCCGUGUCCUUUUUACUCUUCCCGAAGGAUCUCAAUAUCAGCUUAGGCUAACUUUCAGUGUUCUGCAUAACAUUGUUUCUGGCCUAAUGUACUCAAAUACGGUGUGGAAAGGGGGACUCCAAGUUGAUCGAAACAAGGGAAUGUUGGGUACUUUUGCUCCUCAACGGGAACCAUAUGUGCAUACUUUGGAGGAGGAGACUACUCCUUCUGGUAUACUGGCAAGGGGAAUUUACUCAGCUAAGCUUAAGUUCGAAGAUGAUGAUAGAAGAUGUCAUAUGGAACUAAAAUAUUCCUUCGAGAUAAAAAAGAGCAGCUAGCCAAUAAUUUUCUACACAACUUCUGUUGUGUUUAUGCUUCAAUUUCUUUUCCCUAUGGAUUUUCAACCUCACGGAUUCAUGAACCUAUAUGUUAAAUUUAGAUGUGUGGGUUUGAGGGAAAUAUACUCUUUUCCAUUAAAGUUCACAAUUUCUAACCACAAUUUUCAAUCUUUCAUACUCA